AUGCUCUUGUCUCAAGGACAAGAGAGAAAAGCUGAAAUAACAACGAAGGAUAGCUAUGGUCAGACUUUACUAUACCUCGCAGCAGCGAACGGACAUCGUCUAACGGCGGAACUAUUAAUUGAUAAGGGCGCCGAGGUCAACGCACAGGGUGGACACUACGGCAAUGCACUCCAGGCGGCUUCAGAAGGAGGCCACGAGGUGAUUGUAAAGCUACUGCUUGACAAAGGCGCCGAGGUCAACGCGCAGGGUAGACACUACAGCAACGCGCUCCAGGCGGCUUCAUCUAGAGGCCACGAGGUGAUUGCAAGGCUACUGCUUAACAAGGGCGCCGAGGUCAACGCGCCGGGUGGAGAACACGGCAAUACGCUCAACAAGGCAUCU